AUGGCGAGCGCGCCGGGCGAGGUGCCGUCCCACUUCCUCUGCCCCAUCUCGCUGCAGCUCAUGCGGGAACCCGUCACGCUGCCCACCGGCAUCUCCUACGACCGCGCCGCUAUCAUCCGCUGGCUGGCCGCGCCCCACCUCCGCCGGCGGCCGCACCUGCCCGGUCACGCCCUGGCUCGCGUCCCUCUCACCCGAGGCGGAGGUCGACGACGACGUGGCCGCGCUGCGGGGCCCGUGCCGGGCGCCGAGGUGGCCGCGCUGCUGUCCGACGCCGCCGCGGCGCAGGUUGAGGCGCUCAAGAGGCUGCGGGAGCUGGUGGCCGAGUGCGAGGACAACCGGGCGGUUCUCGAGUCCCAGGACGGGGUGUUCGACGCCUUGUCUCGCGUCGUCAGCAGUGCCGAUGCGUGCUCGACGGCGCGCGAGGAGGCCGUCGGGGUCCUCGCGUCGCUCCGGAUUCCGGAGCCGGAGCUGGCCGGCGUCGUGGCCAGGCACAGCAACCUCGGGGAGGCACUCACGGCCGUCCUCCGCUCGUCGAACCUGAAGUCGCGCGCGAACGCCGCUCUGCUCGUUAGGUCCCUCUCGGAAGCGGCCUGGCCGGCCUGGGUCAUCGGGCUGAGCCAGGAGCUUCUCGCCGAGGUUGUCCGCGUGGUCCGCGACCGUGUCUCGACGCAGGCGACCAAGGCAGCGCUGCACGCCCUCGCGGCGCUCUGCCCCUACGGCCGGACCCGCGUCAAGAUCGUGGGCGCGGGCGCGGUGCCGGCGAUCGUGGACCUCCUGCUCGACGACCCCGAGAGGCGUGUCAACGAGAUCGCGCUCGUGGCGCUGGACCGGCUGUGCAAGUGCGCCGAGGGUCGCGCUGAGCUGGUCGCGCACGCGGCGGGGCUGGCCGUGGUGGGCAAGAAGGUGCUGCGGGUGUCGGAGGCCGCGAGCGAGGCGGGCGGUGCGCGUGCUGCGCUCCGUGGCGCGCCACGCUGCGACGCCAGCCGUGCUGCAGGAGAUGGCGCAGUCCGGCGUCGUGGCCAAGCUCUGCGCGGCGCUGCGGUCAGAAACAGUGCGGGGUGA